AAAAUAAAGAACGUGUUGUUGGAAAAAUGAUCAUCCUAUCCCAACUAGAACUAGACUAUGAGAAUGAAACAAGAAAACAAUAUUUCAUGAUUAAUAUAUUGACUCAAAAGUUCGAUUUAAAGAAGAAGGCUACCAGGUAAAGGAAAAUGUGGAGUGAUAGCCCAGGGCCAUAUUCAAGUCAGGAUCCAAUUUUAUGUAAUUUAUCAGAUACUGGAAGUAUUGUUAGUAAAAGUGGUCACAGCAAUGUGGCGUCAAUAAGUGUACCAGAUAGAAUAGGUCGAUAUCUGGAUGACAUCUACACAACUCUUGUCGAUAUAAAAUGGCGGUGGAAUUUGUUGAUAUUUUUUGGAGUUUUUACGUUUUCUUGGUUGGGUUUUGCAGCUUUUUAUAUCAUGUUGUCCAGUGUUAAUGGUGACCUUGACGAUGAACACCCCGACAACUGGAAACCUUGCGUUACCAACAUUCGAUCUUUUGCUUCAGCUUUUCUGUUCUCGAUUGAAACCAUGACAACCAUUGGUUAUGGAUAUCGGUACGUAACGGAAGCUUGCCCGGGAGCAUACCUUGGGGUGCUUGUUCAAUCUAUCAUUGGUGCAGCUCUUCAGAUAGCGCUUUCCGGUUUAGUUGUUGCCAAGAUUCGAAGAUCCAAAAAGAGAACAAAUACGAUCCUCUUCAGUGACGUGGCCUGUAUCUUCAGUGAUGAUAACAAAAUGAAAUUAGCCAUUCGUGUAGGUGACAUGAGAAAAUCCGACAUAACAGCAGCUCAUGUUCGAGGAUUUCUUCUUCAGAAAUUAAAAUCCAAAAAGCAUGGUAAAAGUAUUCCAGUUAGCUAUUUUUCUAUUACUCUCCGAUCAGAAGGAGGAUCAGAACAACUGUUUCUUCCGUGGCCAAUAUUUGUUGUUCAUGACAUCGAUGAAAACUCCCCAUUAUGGGAGAUAUCAAAAGACGAUUUAAUGAUGGAAAACUUCGAAUUGAUUGUUAUGCUUGAGGGUAUCGAUUCUUCUACAAGUUUAUCGUUUCAGGCUAAGAAGGCCUACAAACCUAGUGACAUUCAAUGGGGGCGUCGUUUCCAUGGUUUAGGGAUUGUUACCGACGAUGAUGGUGAGAAUUUCAUAAGAUUUGAGCUAUUUCAUGCAACGUUUCCAAUCAGUACGCCAAGCUGUAGUGCCAAAGAAACCGAUGAACGGCUGUCAGAAUCUAACUCUUCGCCUGAAAUAAUCAGAAAAAGGAAAACAUCUAGAACGGAUUCAGUCAGCAGUGUUUUUUGCAGACGUAAAAGUAUAAGUGACACCUUUCUUGGGCCCGAGUUUGAGGAUUUUGAUGACAGUAGAUCGCAUUCUUUACUCGAAACCGAGAGGCAAAGGAAAACUUCAAGAACGGAAUCGGUCAGUAGUAUUUUACAGACCUCCAGAAGUAUAACCAACAACUUACUGGCGCCAGGUGGCAGUAGAUCACCCUCUUUGAUCCAAACAGACAGAGUGCGAAAGACUUCCAGAACAGAAUCAGUCAGUAGCAUUUUAAAAAGUCGUAAAUAUUUUAACAAUUUACCCGGAUCUGAGUUCGAAAAUUUUGAUGGCAGUGUAUCGCCAUCUUUACUCCAAACAGACAGACGUCGUAAAACCUCCAAAACGGAGACAAUCAGCAGUAUUUUGAAAAGCCCUAGACAUAAUACCAAUACUUUAUUUGUGCCAGGGUCUGGAGACCUCGGUGGCAGUAGAUCACCGUCUUUACAUCAAAGAGAUAAAGAAAGAAGCGGUAUUUUAAAAAGACCGAGGAGUGUAAGCGAUUAUGAUGGUAAUACACCAUUUGAAGUUUGCAAUAAUUUACUUGUACCAGAGUUUGGAGUUUUAGGUGGCAGUAGAUUGCCAUCUUUACAACAAGCAGAUAGAAAAAGUGAAAAAGAAUCAAACAACCGUAUUUUAAAAAGACCGAGGAGUGAAAGCGACAUUUGGCCUCUGGCUGAAGAUUUUGAUGAUGAUACACUAUUUGAAGAUAGCAACACUGGAGAUCUCCGUGGCAGCAGAUCGUCAUCUGUACUUGAAACACACAGAGAAAGGAAAACUUCAAAUACAGAAUCAAUCAACGGUAUUUUAAAAAGACCGAGUAGUGAAAGCUAUACUUCCUGUUCUCCGGCUAAGGAUUUUGAUGGUGACAAAUCAUUUGAUGCUGAAAAUUAUAUUUAACAUUCCGUACAUAUAUAUAUAAUCAAGCAAUAAACCAUUUUUAUACGCCCACAAAUGGGGUUUUAAUGAAAUGGGGUUUAACUUCCCUUUUUUUCUGAAUCUACUGGGCUAAUAAAGGCUGCAGUUUUUAACAUUUUUUUAUUCAAAUUUGGUGUAAAGCAUUGGAGGACGUUUCUCAGCUUUCUUUGACCUUCCAUUCCGGAGUAACCUUUGUCGAAAAUAUUGUGAAUGCGAUAGAUGCUACAGGUUUUAAAGGAACACGAUAGAGGUUAGAUUCCUUGAUGGAUCUUAGAUUCUUAUUAAAUUCGGUCACAUCAAUGUUGCCCUUUCGGAUAAACUGCUUUUGAGAUAUAGCGGCUGUGUGGGCGUAUUUCCACGCUUUGCGUAGCCAUCUUUCUAUUCGGUAUAGACAAAUAUGUUCUAUUUCCUCCGGCCCCGUAUUAUAUUUCCCCAGAGAUAAUUCUUCCAUUUCCGUAAUGCAGUUUUUGGUGAUUUACGGAGAAACGCCCUUUCUAAAUCGGAAUCGCCCCACCCUACCCUCUCCAAAUCCAGUCUGUUUCACAUAGGUAUUGCGAAGGCCUUCAUCUUUAAUAGCGAAUAUUCACUGCUGAUCUGCGUGUUUUCAAUCCGCUCCAAAAUGAGAUCUUAUUAAUGCUAAAACUGAUACUUCUGAAAACAUAUUUUAAGAAAUGUAUAUUUAGCGAAAACAAUAUAUUCUAGGUUAUACAAGCUUAACGUAGCCAGCGCCCACCGUCCCACCAUAUGUAAUUUAGGAUGUGAGAGACCAAUACAUAUUGAUCCUCAUAGAUUUAGAUACACAGCGCUGAUUAGUCUAUCAUUUCAAAUUCCAGCACUACUUUUCAUAGGGUAGGGAUUGAAGAUAUUUCUUCACCACUUCAAAACGGCUGCAUAUUGAGGACAGUAAGUUACUGAUUAUGAAAGAGAGUUCAACCUUUGCCUAGAAAAAUAAAAUUACGCGGAUCUAUCGGGAAUAGGAUGCACAUUUCUGUCCACGGUUUUCGCAAUAGAAUUCGAGUUACUGCGCCGCGCACUGAUGGCGUC